AAACAAAAACGCUUGGCAGCCAUGUGACACCUCCAGUAGAGCAGAAACAUCUGAAAUGGCGACCAGGAUGUUUUCAGCAGCUUUUGUUCUCAUUUUAGUCAGUGUAACCAUCGCUCUUCCUUCUGAUUUUAAACUCCCUAAAUUGAAAGAAGGUGGUAAACAUUGGGCUUUACUUGUUGCUGGAUCUAAUGGCUGGUACAAUUACAGACAUCAGGCUGACAUCUGCCAUGCAUACCAAAUCAUACGCAGCCAUGGAAUUCCUCCGGAGCAGAUCAUUGUGAUGAUGUAUGAUGACAUAGCCAACAACGAAGAGAAUCCCAACCAAGGGGAGAUAAUCAACCAGCCUGAUGGUGAGAAUGUCUACAAGGGCGUGGCCAUAGACUACAGAGGAAAGGAUGUCAAUCCAACUACGUUUCUAGACGUACUUCAAGGAAAUGAAGAAAAUGUAAAAGGGAUCGGCACUGGUAGGGUUAUAAAAAGUCAAUCUAAUGAUAAUUUAUUUGUCAACUUUGUGGAUCAUGGAGCUCCUGGCCUCAUCGCCUUCCCAACAAAGUUUCUUCAUGCCGUGGAUUUGAAUAUCGCCCUGGACCAUAUGCAUGAUAACAACCAGUAUCAUCAGUUGCUGUUUUAUCUGGAGACGUGCGAGUCCGGAUCAAUGUUCAGUUCCCUGCUACGAAAAGACUACAACAUUUUGGCCAUGACAGCAGCCAAUUCGACACAGUCAUCAUAUGCCUGCUAUUUUGAUAAGAAGCUGGGGACAUUUUUAGGAGAUUUAUUCAGUGUCAAUUGGAUGCAGAAUUCAGACCAGGGUAAUUUGAACUCCGAAACCAUUGACGAACAGUUCCAUAUUGUUCGAAAGGAGACCAACCGAAGUCAUGUUAUGGAGUUUGGCGAUUUGACUAUGAACCAGCUGAUGUUGUCCACUUUUCUGGGAUCUGAACAGGACAAUCAUAUGGUACUAGAUGCCCCAAACCCAAAUCUCGACGCUGUGCCAUCAGAGGAUGUAGAUAUUACGAUUGAAAGAAAUCUUUACAACUUGGCAAAAGAAGAAAACAACCAGGAAGAAAUGAAAGAGAGAUCGGCUAAAAUAGCUGCUAUCAUGAUGAAACGAGAGAAGACUGACAACACUAUAAAACAGAUAGUGUCCCUUGUUGCUGGUGAUCGCAACUUUAAAGAACAGAACAAUAUGUUGAUGGGUGAGAAUGACCUCUUCAAACACGAUUGUUAUCGCCCUAUGGUGGAAUAUCUGAAAGACAGUUGUGUCGACCUGGAUCUGCCCUCAAAUCGAUAUUCCCUGAAGCAUCUCCGGAUUAUAGUUAACCUGUGUGAGCGUCCCUACUCAAACGACGCCAUAAUGGAUGCUAUUGAUAAAGUCUGUCAGCCUGAUAUAAUGCUUGUAUGAUAGCCCUUUGUUACACAAGUGUCAAACAAUAUCAAGACAUCCCACCACUUCAGAUGACUUUAUCAAAUCCAUCCAA